AUGGAUCCUUUUCAUGACAAAGCCGGCAACGAGCGGAGGGCUUCCCUCAGGAUGUCAGCAAGGCCGUCGACUACAACCGACGACGAUGACUACGAUUUGCAAGCCAUGACCAUCUCUGACGGCUUUCGCCCAGCUGAUCUUUCCGCAUCUCAUGCUCCCAUUUCUUCGACCACAAACCCUUCGACUGGAUCGGCGGUUGUGUCACGAGAUUCUCCUGCUACCCAGCGAGCCGCUCCCCCCUCCCGACCCUCGAGCAUUGCGAAGCCUCCCCGCGCUCACGACCCCCUCGCUCUCCGUCAUGAUGGCUCGACAGGCCAAUUAACUGGCUCUUCCAUCUCCCGUGUCUCCAGCGCCUCAACCGAUUCACCGAUCAUCCGCUCUGAAAGCCCCUACGAAGGCCCCUCCGGCCCGUCACAUCCAUAUCAGAUGUAUCCCCAGCGGACCAACAGUGUGGCGACUUCAUCCACCGCCCGAAUGUCUGAACGAUCUUAUGCCGGGCCGCGAGGGCCGACGCACCCGUACACUCUUUACACGCAGAACACCGUAGCAGUAGACUCCCAUGAGGGCGACAGCAUUCCGGUGGGAUUUCCUGGACGCUCUGAUAACUACCAAAGACGGAUGGGUCCCGAGGGGGAAGAUAUUGCCGACUUGAUUGGACCGCUGGGCCACACGGAAGAGCUUCCUCCUUACACGAGAUAUCCAGAACAGGCGUAUGCUAGGAAGCAACCGGGUGAGAUGCCGGGUGGGUUACAGCAGCCAUCUCAAUCAUCGCUGCCGCAGCAGCAGGAGGAGCAACAAUCACAGGUUCGACAACAACAAACCCUACCGUCGUCGCGCCAACAGCAGCAGCCUGAACAGCAACAGUCCCAACCUGUUAUCAAUAUUACGGCUGCCUCUGUCACUCCCAUUCCUGGUGCUGGCGGCAUCGGUCUAGCUACCAGAAACCCCGAAUUCGAGUCUCGAGAGGAUCUUCGCCUUCAGCCCUCCCGUAUGUCGUCUAGAACAUUGACAUCGGAUGCCGCAAGUCAGCACGAGAUCAACACCGCUGCGGAGGCAUACGCGGAGAAGAGUACAGACCGGAAAUGGCAAAAAAGGGCAAAGAGGCGAAUGUUUGGCGUAAUUCCAUAUUGGGCCAUUUGCCUGUUGGCUGUGGGAUUAGUACUGAUGGGCAUUAUCUUGGGUGCUGUUAUUGGCACUUUUUUUGCAAAGCACAAAAAGCCACCAGGUCGUCAUCAAGACGACGAGCCCAUACCGCUUGUCAUCCCAACAGCCACGGUAGAUAUUAAGCCGUUGGCGACAUUGCCGCCUGAUUUACCUUCAAUGGAGGUUGGCACAUUCGGCCUUCCCCCUCUGAUUGCAAGUCAAGCGCCAAGCACCUGUUUCAACGAUACUACACAGUCACAAGCCUGGACCUGCAACAUUCCAUUCACCAGUUAUGUCAUGACUGUUUCCAGGAUCGCUAACGAAUUACCCAUAUCUGAUUACACCUUAAAACUUACUACAUUCAACGACAGCGACCGCAACGAUGCCAGCUUCAAUAUGAUUUCCUGGGGCACACAGCCACCCCUUAUUAUCGACCCUCUGAAGAUGCGGCUCGUAAAUGAUACUUCUGAACCAGGUCGAGGUGCCGCAUGGUUCGCACAAAUGACAUACAACAAAACUGUGAUUGUUGCCGAGGAUAGAUUCCCUGGAGUUAGCACAACCCGGCCAAGCUCAAAAAAGAGAUGGAAUGGACCGCCGCCCUCGUCGGGAGAUUUUAGUAGGAAAGGGGUGAAGGGGGCUCAAGCCGGAGACAGGCCUUGGAUUUGCACGUGGCCUGGCACUUUACUGGAAGUCUUUGUUUAUCCUGCGCAAAACAACAGCUACCAACGGAAGCCUACUUCGACAACAAGACCCCUCGCGGCUGCCACAUUCCCACCUGCGACCUCGACACCAUUCCUGGUGCGUCAUGGCUUGGUCACCACUAUAUAUCCCUCGGCAGUGCCAACCGAAAGACCUCGACGUUCACCACCGCCACCGUACCCCCAGGUCAUCAAGUUCGAGGAACGUCGUGUAUCUCUUGAUCAAACUAAGAAUGCAUUCUGCCGACAAGUCGAGGUCUGCGACGACGGAGAGAACACCGUUCCUGUUCUGAAUGAUGAAGGUCAACCUGUUGAGGUGAUGAUAAUGGAAAACAGGCAAACGGUGGCUAUUGCAGACUCGAAGCGGUGGAUACACGAGGACAGCUUUUUGGUUUCGCGUGACCGGCCGACAAGAACCAGCCAGUUAAGUGACUGUGGCUGCAUUUGGUGGUUCACAUAA